AUGAAGCUCACAAGAGUCACCGGGCGCGUUGCGCAGCUUGCUGCCCAUCAAAGCAAGGCGCUAGCAAAGAAGGGCUUUGCGACGAUUUCCCUCUCUCUCGUCAGCACUACGAGGAGCCAUAGAAUCGUCGUGAUCGGCGGCGGCUCGGCGGGCUCCAAUGUGAGCCACCAGCUGCUUCGCUCCGGCAAGUAUAAGGCGGGCGACAUUGCCGUCGUCGACCCGGCCGAGUGGCACCAUUACCAGCCGGGCUGGACUCUGGUCGGUGGUGGGCUGGCGAAAAAGGAUGACUUCAAGCUGAAGCUGGCCGACAUACACGACGCAAAACUCACCGUCUACCAAAACCGGGUGGCAACCUUUGAGCCACAGGAGAGCCAAGUCGUGCUUCAGAAUGGAGAUAGACUCGAGUACGGUCAGCUCGUCGUCUGCCCGGGCAUCAGCACCAACUAUGAGAAGAUUCGUGGCCUGCCAGAAGCCCUCGCCGACCCCAGCUCGAACGUGUCCUCCAUCUACAGCUACGACCACUGCGACAAGGUGUUUCCCAACAUCAAGCAGCUUCGAGGCGGCAGGGCCCUCUUCACGCAGCCCCUGGGCAUCCUGAAAUGCGCCGGCGCGCCGCAAAAGGCAAUGUGGCUCGCGCUGGACUACUGGAAACGAGCUGGCCUGUACACGGGCGGCGGCGCCUCGCCCAUCAGCAUCUCGUUUGCGACCGGCCUGCCCGUCAUGUUUGGCGUGCCAAAGUAUAGUGCCAAGCUCAAGGAGCUUGCGGAGGAGCGCGGCGUCGAGAGCCUCUUCCAGCACGACCUUGUCGAGGUCCGCGGCAACCAGGCGACGUUUGUCCGCGCCGACGGAUCGCGCACGACCAAGACGUUUGAUUUUCUACACGCCGCGCCCAAGAUGGGCCCGCACGCGUUCGUGGCCAAGAGCCCGCUGGCCGACGCGACGGGCCUCGUGUCGGUCGACGCCGCCACGCUGCGACACACGGCCUAUGACAACGUGUGGGCGCUCGGGGACGCCUCGAGCCUGCCGACCUCCAAGACGGCGGCGGCGAUUACCGCGCAAGCGCCCGUGCUGGUGUCCAACCUCCUCGACGCGGAGGAGGGCAAGGCGCCGCGCGCCGCAUACGAUGGAUACACGUCGUGCCCGCUCAUCACAGAGUACGGCAAGGUGCUGCUCACCGAGUUCAAGUACGGACCAGAACCCAAGGAGACGUUCAAGAGGCUGCUCGGCGUGGACCAGAUCAAGCCGCGCAGGGCCUUUUACCAUCUGAAGAAGGACUUUUUCCCGUGGGUCUAUCGAAAUUUCAUGGUCAAGGGCACGUGGGCCGGCCCAAAGGGGUUCAUUCGGUAG